GUUCUCGAAAAUUCAGACAAAACAGAAAGUGACAGAUUCCAGAGAUCGUACCAGUUCGAUCCAGUGCAUGAAAUUUAUCGUCUAAAUGUGAAUGCUUACAAGGAUGACGAAGCAGAAAAAUGUUUUGAAAUAGUACAGAAAGGUGUUAAUUUAUGCAUUGAAAAAAACAUAUUUACUUCGGAAGAAAUGGAACCAUACCUGGAAUCAGAUAUAGAACGUUAUACAAAACUCCUUGAAAAAUAUCCAGAUCUAAGAAAAUAUAGUAUCUUAAUAGAACGUCAUAUUCAAGGUUUGACUAAUAUUCAUUCAAUCAAUAAUUUCAAAGAAAUAUACAAUCUAACAAAAAAUAUUCAUAAUAAAGAAAUGUUAUUUGAUCAUUUAAUUGAAUAUACAGAAAUCAAUAAAUCAAUCAAUCAAAAACAAUUAAUCCCUGAUCCAAAAUCAAUACAAAAAUGUUUUCAUAUUAUUAAUACAUUAGAAAAAUAUAUAAAUAAAGAUCAAAUCAUUAAAUUAACCAUACCAAUACAUAUAUUAAAUGAUUUUACGAAUUUAUCAUCGAAAGAAAUCGAUAUUUAUAAUAAAUUAGAUAAAGAAAAAUUAUUAUUAACAAAAGUACGUUUACAAAUGAAACAAUUUAAUCGAUUGCAUAAUCAAACUGAUCCUGAUCAUAAUCAUAAUCAAUCUUUAACAUUGAACAAUAUAACAUGGAUUAAUUAUUUAGUUUUAUUUAUUAAUCAAUUAUUAAAAUUAUUUAAAAAAUCUAUAACAAAUUUAUUUAAUGAAUUGAAAUUUAAACAACAAUCAAAAUUACAAUUAAGUAAUGAAAUUGAAGCAGAUAGUCAUUAUGAUUUAUUAAUGUAUUCAAUGGAACAAUUAAAUAUUCAAUUACAUCCUUAUCAAUAUAUAAUAGAGAAUAUAAAUGAAAAUAAUUCGAAUAUCAAUGAUAAUGAUGAUGAUUAUUAUAAUUGGAAUGAUAAAUUAAUGCAUAAAACACGUAAUCGUGAAAUCAGUUUUAUCAAGAAUUAUUUAAUAGGUAAUUCAAAACUUCCAGGAAUAAUAUAUGGACCACCAGGUUCUGGUAAAACUAGUUUAUUACGAUGGACAGUGAAUUAUUUUAUGCAUAUUCAUUCAAAAUCUGAAAUCAACAAUCAAUCAAUAUCAAAUUCAGAUCAAUUAUCAACUCAUUUAACUAUAUCCCAAUCUAUCAUAGAACCAAUUAUAAUUAUAUGUUGUAUUGGUCGUACCUAUUUAUCCACAUCAUUACAAUCUGUAUUAUUACAAAUUAUUGAACAAUUAAUAAUGAAAUUUAAUAUAAAUUAUUCUAAUAUUAAAUCAUUAUGUGAAUAUGCAGAAAUUGUACGUUUAUUAAAUAUUCUAUUAAAUUUAGCUAAUCCAUUAAAACCAAUAUUGAUAUUAAUUGAUAAUAUAGAAUUAUUAUAUCCAGAUGAACAUGUACAAAUGUUUCAAUGGUUACCAUAUGAAUUACCUAAUCAAUAUAUCCGUUUAUUAAUCACAACAAAUUCAGAAAAAAUUAUUCAAAAUUUUACAAAACGUUUUGGUCAAGGUUGUUGUAUUAAUUUAUCAUCAUGUUAUUCAUUGAAUGAUAUAAUCAAUAAUAUUUUACCAAAAUUAAUUCGAAAACAUUUCAAUUCAAAUGUAUCAAUAAUUGAUGAAAAAAUCAAUAAUCAAUUAAUCAAUUUAAAUUUAGAAAAUAAUAUCACAUUAACUUAUAUAGAAUUAUUAGCUGAUAUAUUAACUAUUCAAUUCAGUGGUAAAAUGAAUUUCAUUUUACCUGAGAUAUUACCUAAUGAUUUAUGUCAUUUAUUUAUCAUACGUUUAAAACAAAUUUAUAUUAUGAUGAAACAACAAAGUAUAUUACAUUUGGCAUUAUUACGUUUUAUGCCAUAUAUAGCAUGUUCACGUUAUGGUUUAACAAUGAAUGAAUUAAUUGAAUUAUUACAAAAUGAUAUUAAUAUAAUAGAAGCAAGAAAACAAUCUAAUUCAAUGAAUAUCUCAUUAAAAUAUUUCCCUAUUGGUUGUUUAUUGAAUUUAUUAUAUUCAUCAAUUUAUGGUAUAAAUAAAUAUUUAAUGUUUAUUAAAACAGAUAAUCGUUUAUUAAUUACAUUUAUACAUGAAUCUUAUCGUCAUGGUGUAUUAUUAUUUUGGAAUUCAUAUUUAGAUAAUAAUAAUAAUAAUAAUGAUAAUGAUCAAUUUUUAAUCAAUGAAAAUAAAAUCGAUUUCAAUCAUGAUAAUAAACAAAAUGAUAAUUUAUCAAAUGAAUUUAUAUUUCAUCGAUAUAUGACAGAUUAUUGGUUAGGUUUAAAUAAUGGACAUGAUGAUUAUGAACAACAUACAAAACAAAUUGGACAUUCUUAUGAAAUAAAACCAAUGAAUAAUACUACUACUAAUAAUAAUAAUAGUAAUAUAGAAUAUAAUGAAGAUUCAUUUCAUACCAUAUAUUAUUGGUUAUCUAUGAAUCAAUCAAUCAAAUUGAAUUCUACUGAAGUAAUAAUAGGAACAUAUAAUAAAUAUUAUAUAUGUAAUACACGUCGUCUUACAGAAUUACCAUAUCAAUUAUUUAAACUAGGUUCAGAGAGUAUACAAGAUUUAUUAAAGUAUGUUAUCUUUUCAUUUGAUUAUAUAUUUGGUAAAUUAUUAUUAGGUUUAAGACCAAAUGAUAUCAUUACAGAAUUUUAUUAUUUAAGACAAUUAAAUCAAUUAAGAACUAAUGAUGAAAUUAUGUAUUUAUUAAAUUUAUUAAGAAAUUUAUCCAUUAAAUUAUCAUUGAUACCAACAAUAUUAAAUAUUGAAUUAGCUGGACGUAUUGGACAUUUAGUGAAUACAGAAUAUAUAAAUAUAAGUCGUUUAUUAUUAAAUAGUAUUGAUUGUGAUUCAAAUAAAGUGAAUUGUCUAUUACCAUUAUUAUCUAUAUGUUAUCAAUCACCAUUACAACCUGAAUUAUUAAAUGUUCAAUAUAAAUAUAAUAAUACAGGAUUUUCUACAUUUAUGAAUGAUAUAAAUAAACAUGAAAUGAAAGAAAUUAUAACGAUUUCAUCAGAUUCAAGAUUUUUAUUAACAUUAACAUUGAAUCCAUUGAAUCAAUCGAAUAAUAAUAAUAAUAAUACAAACCAAUUAAGUAUAAAUAGUAAUGAAGUUAUUAUUCAUUUAUGGGAAGUGAAUUCCUUAACUAAAUCAUGUUCAUUUAGUCUUGGUGAAUGGAUAAAUUAUAAAUUUCAUCAAGCCUAUAUGCCAAUACAUCAAAAUCAAUUAGUUCUAUUAACCUAUUCAAUAAAUGAUGUAAAUAAUAAAAAAUAUGGAAUUUUAUCAAUUAAUUUAGAAUUAGGAUAUAUUGAAGGAAAUCUAUGUGUAACAGAACCAAUUCAAUUAAAAAUUUUAUGUAUAACACGAUCUAGUAUAGUAAUUAAACAAUAUAUUCCUAAAAGAAAUAAUAAUGAAAAACAUAUCAACAAUCAAGAUUAUGCAAUUGUUUAUACUAUACCAAAUUUAAAACCAAUCAAUAAUAUAUUAUCUAAAGUUCCAUUACCAUUUUAUAUAUUACCAAAUGAUCGAAUCUAUUUUGGACCAUCAAAAUGGUUCAUUCCAAUGAAAACAAGUAUAGAAAAGAAAAGAAAACAACAAACUAAUCAAAAUGAAUUCAAAGAGAUAAAUAAUAAUGAUGUACAAGUUCGAUUAAAGAAUGCAUUGAAUGAUAUAGUAGCAUGGAUAAAAUGUCCUUUAGCACCAAUUAUAUUUCAAGCAAAUAUUAGAGGAGAUAAUUUAUUUAUUGGAUGUAAAAGUUUAGGUCAAAUAUAUCGGUUUGAUUUAACUUUGAUAUCAAACAAAGAAAUUCGUAUUCUAAAGCCAAAUUUUGAGUUAAACUUGUAUAAGAAUCUAAAAUCUAUACAAAUGAAAUCAUUAUCAGAAGUAUCAUCAUUAGAAAAGAAAAUUAAUAUUCCAUUCUUAUGGGAUUUAGAAACUAUGAAUAUACUGGAUCAAGUACGUCAUCAAGUCAGUGUAAAAAAAUUAUGGAUAUCACCAGAUGAAAAAUAUUUAGCUGCAUUAUAUAAUAUUAAUGAUUAUCGUUUAAUAAUAGGUAUAUGGCAAAUUAAUUCAAGAUUAUUAAUUGCUGGUCUACAAGGAUAUCAUAAUAGUCAAAUACGAUUUGGUAGUGAUAGUACUAAUUCAUUUUUAAUACAUUUUAUUAAAUCAUCUAUGAAUAAAACAUGGAUUGAAUUGAUUGAAUUCAAUGCAACUCAAUCAAUACAAAUCACAUCUAAUGUAACUAUGAAUAGACCAAUAACUAAUACUAAUAAAUCGAGCACAAAUAUACUUGUAAAAAUACAUAGAAUAGAUACAUUUAAAACUUCUAUCGAUGAAGCAUAUUUUAUUCGAGGAGGUAGUCUAAUCAUUGUAACAAAUGGAAGUAUUAUUUUAACAAAUAUAAAUGUACUUAUAUUAGGUUCAAAAAAUCAAGGACCUAUGGCAUUGACACCAAUUGGCAAAAAAUUAUCCACAGUUAAUUAUCAUCCUGAAUUAGAUAUUGUUUAUUCAACUGAAAUUGGUAAUCAACAACUCUUCUCGUAUUAUAAUCUUAUAACUCAAAAAGUUAUAUCAGUUGAAUGUAUUAAACCAGAUUUACAAGAUGUUUUUAUGAAUAAUUUUGAAACAGACUUUCCAAUGACACCAAUAUUGGAAGAUACACCAUGUGAACGUCAUUUAAGUUCAGAUGGAAAGAGAUUAGCAUUAGUUUAUCGUGUUAAAAAUAUAAUUCAUGAUAAUAAAGGUGAUAAUUCCGAAAGAAACAUUUAUACAGAAUUGAACAAUGAAAAAAAAGAAUAUAAGAAACCAAAACUUCCAAAUAUAAAUUACUAUACAUCUUUACAAGAAAAGAAUAAUGAUUCAUCAAGUAUGGGAUAUGAUCAAACAGUGAUUCGUCUAUAUGAUUUAGAUAAUAAAAUUGGUGGCACUGGAUUACGAUGUCAAAUAUCUAUUAUUGGAGAAUUUAUAUUUCAUAUGUCAACAAAGUAUGGUAUAUACACUUUGAAACCAGAUCAUGCUAGUAAUACAAAAUUGUCUAGUUUGACAGAUCUACAUAAAAAUUAUUCAAUGAAAGAUAUUCAAAAUAAAACUUCACUGAAUAAAAUUGAUGAGAAACCUCAAGCUUUACUAUCACGUUAUGAGUCUACAAAUGGACGAUUUUUAGGAUAUUCAUUUUUACAACAUCCAGUUAUUAAAGGUACACAGAUUAUAUUUAAUGAUCGUUAUUUGGUAUUAUGUUGUGGAGAAAAUGGACAAUGGAUCCGAAUGCUAGAAGCACCAGAUUUUAAAAAAUUAGUAUAUGAGAUAAAUUUACAUAAAUUAUUGAAAGAACAUGAUGAUUUUUGUCGUACACCUAAUGUUCAACGUUUAUUUACAUGUGAAGCACAACCAACUAAAGUUAUUAUACAAUAUUUAUGGUUAGAACAAGAAAAUUCAACAUUUAACAUAACAGUGUUAGAUUUAAAAAACAAACAAAAUAAUGAUUUAAUUAUUAGUCAAAUGUCAAUUGUAGAUAAACUAAUUGAUGUUUCCUCAGAUGGUGCUUAUGGUAUAGAUGCUAAUUUAAGAUUAAUUAAUUUUCAAAAUGGAAGUAUAAUGGCUUUAUUGAAUUCACCGAAUUUAAUACCCGGUACACAAAAUGAUCCUAUAGUAUUAUGUGCCCAAUUUACACCAGAUAAAUUAUACAUUGUAUGUGUUAUAUACUCAAUGGAAUAUCAUAAUGCAUGGCUUGUUAUAAUACACAAUAAUCAACUUCAUAAUAACUAUCCAGUUAUUGGUAGAGCAUUAUUAACACCAAUUGAUGAAAUUAAAUCUAAUUUAUCAGAAUUACCAUCAAUCAAAAUUCAAUUAGGUUAUAAUGGUCGAUUAAUUGUUGUCAAGUUAGAUACUUUUAAAGAAUUUAAAAUAUUCACUAUAAGAAAACAAACAAAAUAUCCAAAUGUAAUUCAUUCAACUGCAAAUGAUCGAAUUAAACAUUUAUUACCAAUAAAUAUGAAUACAAUUGAUGAAAAUAAUUCAUGGUCAAAUAAACAAAAAAGAGCAAAAUAUUUAGAUGAAUUAUUUACACGUUUUUCAGAAUCAUUAUCAAUCAAUAAUACAAUUAUUGGAACUAAUAUUGAUUAUAAUAAUGAUUUGAUCAAUAAUGAUGAUAAUAAUAAUAAUAAUAAUGAAAAUGAUCAUAAUGAAGAAUUAAUUGAUUUUAGUAAAUAUGGUUUUGAUUUCAACUUUAAUAGUAAUAUGUUUGAUCAAGUUUAUAAUAAGAUAGAUAAUAUACCAAUAUAAUGGUUACUAUUAAUUGAUGAAAGGAAUGUAAUUGUGUAUAAGUUUUUAUAGGUUCAGUUAUAUAGUAAAAAUACAUGUACACCCCUUUAUACCUUAAUAAUGUGAAGUCCUACUGACAAGAAGAUGACGCCUGAUGUGUUUUAUAAUCUAGACUGUAGAAUUCUUUGUUUGUUUAUACGUUUAAUCUAUUUUAUAAUGAAAAUCAAUAAAAAGAAAUUUUACCUGUAUUUGAAUAAAAUUGUAUAGCAAAAAAUGAUUUUGCACAAACACAAUUUAAGAAAUAAAAGAAAUGCAUAUCUUUUGA